CGGACGCUCCGAGACCUCGGGAGGCGCCGUAGUUGCCCCGGAGAAAGGAGGAGGUCGGCUGUCUGGGGGCUGCUAUGGUGCUGAUUUUCCUGGCAGAGCCGACCGAGCCGAGGCGGUCGCGGCCAUGAAGGCGGGUGCCACGUCUAUGUGGGCUUCAUGCUGUGGGCUGCUGAAUGAAGUCAUGGGAACUGGAGCUGUCAGGGGCCAGCAGUCAGGAUUUCCAGGAGGCACUGGGCCGUUCCGAUUCACACCAAACUCCGAUUUUUCUUCCUACCCACCAGCAGCUGCGGAAGGGCCUAAUAUAACCUGCAAAGCCUGUGGACUUGCGUUUUCAGUCUUUAGAAAGAGGCAUGUGUGUUGUGAGUGCAAGAAGGAUUUCUGUUCCGUUUGCUCGAUCUCCCAAGAAAACCUCCGUCGCUGCUCCACCUGCCACUUGCUACAGGAGACGGCCUUUCAGCGGCCACAGCUGAUGCGCCUGAGGGUGAAGGACCUGCGCCAGUACCUCAUCCUGCGGAACAUCCCCACCGACACCUGUCGCGAGAAGGAAGACCUGGUGGACCUGGUACUGUGCCAUCACGGACUGGGCUCUGAGGACGACCUGGACACCAGCAGCCUCAAUUCUUCCCGCUCUCGGACAUCCAGCUUUUUUACCGAGUCCCUGUUUUCACACUACACAGCCCCCUCCGCCACCGAGUCCUCCUUCCUGGGAGAACCUGUGGGUGGAGGCCACACCUCCAGGUCUGGAGCCCUGGCACAGGCACAGAGUGAGGCGGCAGCAAACACGGAAGAUGACGAUGAUGAUGAGGACGAGGACGACGACGAGGAUGAUGACGACGACAACUUGGAGGAGCAGACACCUGGGCUCUCCCGGAAGAGGGCGAGAGCCUCGCUGUCCGACCUGUCCAGCCUAGAGGAGGUGGAGGGCAUGAGUGUGCGCCAGCUCAAGGAGAUCCUGGCCCGCAACUUCGUCAACUACUCCGGCUGCUGCGAGAAGUGGGAGCUGGUGGAGAAGGUCAACAGGCUGUACAAGGAGAAUGAGGAGAACCAGAAGUCAUACGGUGAGCGGCUGCAGCUGCAGGAUGAUGAGGACGACAGCUUGUGCCGCAUCUGCAUGGACGCUGUCAUCGACUGCGUCCUGCUCGAGUGUGGGCACAUGGUCACCUGCACCAAGUGCGGCAAGCGCAUGAGCGAGUGUCCCAUCUGCCGGCAGUACGUGGUGCGGGCGGUGCAUGUGUUCAAGUCCUGAGACCGCGACUGCCUGGCUCCAUCCCACACAUUUCUGUGUGCAGAGCGACUGGAAACUCACUGUUCAAAGGCAGAAGCUAUUUUUAAAAGUUACUUUCAUCACUAAUGGUGAUGGGACAGGCCGGUUUCCUGAGUGGAAGACACAGCGGUCCAUGCCGCGGGCCUGUGGACACUGAGCCAUGUUCUGCCAGGCCUGUCCCUUGUCCCCGGAACUGGUGACCCUGUGCAGCAUCCUGUCCUGACCCUCCCCGCCCUGUGUGGACACUUUUGUGUUACUGGAAGGGGUGAACUCAGUCGUGGUGCUGAUGGGGCACGCACCACGUGGCAGACCUGCGACAUUCCCUGUAGUCGUCACGUGUAUUUUAAAUGCCAACGCUUGAUGAAUGUAAGUCUCCACACCGUUGCUAUUCCUGCAGUUCAGCCUAAUUGGGAACCAACAUUCUGUAGUCAACUGCCAGGGCCUUAGACUAAACAUGUCCAUUUCUGUUCAGGUACAGCUUUUUAUAGCAAGGGCUGCCUCUAGCUUCUUACGUUCCAAGAGUGUGUGCUGCGUUCUCAUUAAUGUAUGAUCAGUUUACACUAUUUUGUAGAGUGAAGCUGUAUUUUUCGUGCUAUGUGCUAGAUAAUUUCAACU